AUGGCUGCAAGCUUCGCUCGUGUAGGCCUCAUCACAACAGAUUCAUCCUCUACCGUCGGCAGCAUGGUUUCUCAGUCGCCCGCCCUCAGCCCGGGGCACUCCGAUGCCGACUCCAGCAACGGAACACCCAAUUCCUCUCCUCCCGCCUCCAGACCUCGCAGUCCCGAGCUGAAGCACAAUGCGAGGAGCUCUUCUGAACUCGACCCUCUCCCUCCUAUGGACGUCAAGAACGUCUGCUUUGUUGGCGCUGGUUUUGUUGGUGGCCCAACUGCUGCUCUGAUUGCUCUCCACAACCCCAACCUCACCGUCAACGUCGUCGAUCUCAACGCCGACCGCAUUGCGGCAUGGAACUCUCCUCACCUGCCCAUCCACGAGGCCGGUCUUCCCAAGAUCGUCCGCAUCGCCCGCGACGGCACCAACGAGACGAGCGCUUUCCUCCCCUCGGUGGGCAAGGCAGUGCAGCUCCCUUCCCGCCAGCCCAACCUCACCUUCACCACCGAUGUAAAGCGAUGCAUCGGCGAGGCGGACAUUGUCCUCAUCUGCGUUAACACGCCUACCAAGACAUACGGUCUCGGUGCGGGUUACACUGCCGAUCUCAGUGCUCUUGAGGGAGCCAGCGAGACAGUGGCCAAGUACGCAAGGAACGGCGCCGUCAUCGUGGAGAAGAGCACUGUUCCUACGGGAACUGCCCGCAUGAUCAAGGAGAUUAUGGCUCAAUACCAGCCCGAGUCUGAGUUCGAGAUUGUCUCCAACCCGGAGUUCCUUGCUGAGGGAACCGCAGUUCGUGAUCUCAUGCACCCCGACCGCAUUUUGAUCGGCAGCUCUACCACUCCCGCCGGCAUCCGCGCCGCCAACGCCCUCAAGAGCGUCUAUGCCGCCUGGGUACCCGAGUCCAAGAUUCUUACCGUCAACACCUGGUCCAGCGAGCUGACCAAGCUGGUCGCCAACGCAAUGCUUGCUCAGCGUAUCAGCAGCAUCAACAGCAUCAGCGCUCUCUGCGAGGAGCUUGGUGCCGACGUCCAGGAGAUCAGCCAGGGUAUCGGUGCUGAUUCCCGCCUGGGCAAGAAAUUCCUCCACGCCGGUGUUGGUUUCGGAGGUUCUUGUUUCGAGAAGGACAUCCUGAACCUUACUUACAUGGCCCGUACUCUUCACCUGGACACUGUCGCCGACUACUGGAUGGGAGUCCUCGACAUUAACAAGUACCAGCGCGAGCGCUUUGCCCAGAAGGUCCACCGCGCUUUGAACGGUAACCUGCGUGGCAAGAAGGUCGCCAUCCUUGGCUUUGCCUUCAAGGAGAACACCAACGACACCCGCAACAGCAUUGCUGUCCACAUUAUUGCCGAGCUCGCCCACGAGAUGCCCAGCGAAAUCGCCAUCUUCGACCCCGGCUGCGACCCCCGCGAGGUCAUGGAAGAGGUCCGCAGCUCGAUCCACGACGAGCGCGUGCUGGAGCGGGUCAAGGUCCGCUCUACCUGGCGUGAAACUGUCCACGGCUCGAGCGCCAUGUGCAUCCUGACCCCCUGGUAUCACUUCCGCUACCCCAAGAAGGCCCAGGCUACUGCCCGCCGCUCCUCAAUCUGGAGCGGUGGUGAGGCUUCUCGCGAGGAGGCUGCCGCUUUCCUCAAGGAGGCCCCCCUGUCCGAGAUGGACGUCGUCGAGCUUGAGAAGUUCGUCUCCCGCGGUGCUCCCGACACACCCCUUGAUCCCCUCAAGCGCAUGAUGCCCGAAAACGAGUGCCCUCAAGACUGCAAGGGAUGCAAAUUGGACGCCGCAAGCGAGGACCUCGGCGACCCGAUCGACUGGGAGUGGACCGCCUCCGUCAUGAAGCGCCCUCGACUCGUGCUUGACGGCCGCAACGUCGUCUCUGGACCGGAGCUCGAGAAGCUCGGCUUCACGGUACAGGGCAUCGGCAAGGGACUCAACAUUUGA